CACACUAUGCGUUCGUUAGUCAAUUUGAACCUAAGAACGUAGAAGAUGCACUAAAAGAUAGUGAUUGGAUUAUAUCCAUGCAACUAGAGCUUGAGCAAUUUGAACGCAACAAGCCAGGAUGAACGCAACAAAGCUAAGGGUAAAGUGUGAUUCAAAGCUGGUGGUUGGCCACGUCUCGGGAGAGUUCGAGGCGAAGGACGAAAGAAUGAAGAAGUACAGAGAUACCGCUCUGGAGUUACUUAAGAGUUUCACCGCGUAUAGUGUGGAGCAGAUCCCUCGGGCGGAGAAUGCCGAGGCGGAUAUCUUGUCGAAGCUGAGCUCGGACACGCCCGAGCACAUCAGGCGGAUGGCGAACGUGGAAGAGUUGUCCGAGCCGAGCAUCCAUGCCUUCCCCGUGGCGAUGAUCUGUGCUCGGCCAAGAGAUUGGAUGGACGACAUAGUUGCCUUCUUGAAGGAUGGCGCCCUCCCGGACGAUGCAAUAAAGGCCAAGUUGGUCCGGACUAGGGCACCUGGGUACACUUUGGAGGGCGAAAAGCUAUACAAGCGAGCAUACAACGGUACGCUGCUCAGGUGCCUCCGACCAGCUGAAGCAGAGCAAGUCAUGGAGGAGGUGCACGCGGGGAUCUGCUCCGCCCACCAAGGAGCCUACGCAGUGUCAAGGAAGAUAACCCUCCAAGGAUAUUUUUGGCCAACAAUUGUUAAGGAUUGCGCGGAGUUUGUGAGAAAGUGCAAGGUGUGCCAAGAGUUCCAGAAGGUACCGGGGAGGCCUUCAACAAACUAUACCCCCAUCAGCACAGCUAUCCCGUUCACGCGGUGGGGGGUGGACCUCGUGGGUGCGCUUCCUAGAGGUACCGGGAACGUGCGAUACGUCAUUGUAGCCAUUGACUACUUCACUACGUGGGUGGAGGCGGCAAGCAUCACUGGAGCUCAAUGCCAGAAGUUUCUCGCAAAGCAAGUCAUCUGCCGCUUCGGCGUUCCCGAACACGUAAUCACGGACAAUGGAACACAAUUCAAGUCCAAGCCCUUUAACGACUUUCUCGAGAGUUGGGGGAUCAAGCACAGCUAUGCAUCGGUUGGGUACCCGCAGACGAACGGGCAGGUCGAGAAUGCCAACCGAACGAUAGUCGACGGGCUGAAGCAAAAGUUGGAAGCUUGUGGCGGGGAGUGGGCAGAGGAGUUGCCCUAUAUCUUAUGGACCUACCGGACCACGCCCCAAAGGGCAACCGGGGAAACUCCUUUCGCUCUAUGCUACGGAUUUGAGGCAAGGGCACCCGCAGAGAUCUCCAUCGCAACCCACCGGGAGGCGGUCUUUGACCCCGAGCGAAAUGAGGAAGCCCUGGCAGCCGAGCUCCACCUCGUGCAUGAAAGACGAGAAGCGGCCUUCUUACGGGCGGAGAAUUACCGGAGGAAGGUGAAGAGCUACCAUGAUGGGCGCGUGCGCGCGCGGGGGUUCGCCGAAGGAGAUUGGGUGCUGCGCAAGAGAACGGUGAGCUGCCCCCUAGAAGGAGGAAAGUUUGCCAAAAAUUACGAAGGCCCGUACAUCAUCAAAGAAGUGGUGGGCCCUUCAACAUUCCGCCUGCAGAUGCCGAGCGGAGGGGACGUGCCCAGGACAUGGAAUGCCGAGAACUUAGUUAAGUUUUAUCAGUAGACUUCUGAUGUACACGGACCCCAAAAUGGGAACCCGUAGAUCUUUUCGGUUGAACUCAAUGGAAUGAAGUUUUUUGCGAAAA